UCGAAACAUCCCCAAUUCCCGAUCUGUCAUCGUGUUUGUAAAAUUCGGCUGCCAUUUAUAGUAGUUCUGCUGAAACAUUUUAAGUAAGAAAACUGCUGUUUUAAAGGAGUUUUACAUUAGAAUUACCCAAAAAAAAAACGCAAAAAGUGUAUAGCAGAGUUUCUUAAUAACUUUAUCAACAAAAGCCGCCUAUUCCAUUCUCGCAUUUGCGGCAUUGGUUUAGUUUUGUCAGCUAGGUACACAAAAUAUAAUUGAACCAUGGUGGACGCUGCCCGUCAAAUGUUGGACGAGCUCAUGGGCCGUAAUCGAAAUUUACAUCCAUCGGAGGCGCCACGUAAAAUUAGUUGGGAUGAUCCUGAUUUUUGCCAAUACUAUGUUGUAAAAUUUUGCCCACAUGACCUUUUCAUAAACACUCGCGCGGACUUGGGGCCGUGCACACAAAUCCAUGAUGACGAGGCAAAAAGGUUGUACGAAGAAGCACGCCCGUCUCCUCGUAAGCGUUCUUACGAAGAUGAGUUCUUGCGAUUUUGCAACAACAUGUUAAAUGAUGUUGAUCGAAAAAUACAAAAAGGCAAACAACGACUCCAGCUCAUGCAACGCGAUCAGCCCAUACCCACCAUACCGCUUUCCAAGUACGAGGAGCAGUUAAAUAAUAUGAACGCACGCAUAAAAAAGUUGCUAUCCGAAGCAGAAGAAGCUGGCAUUCGUGGGGAUGUUGAUCAGGCCAAGGACCUAAUGGCUCUGUGCGAGCAAUUGAAAGACGAGAAGGAUGCACUAAUGGCGCAACACGAGCAACAUCAGCAGUUGCAUCAGCAGACAAAUGGCGCAAUGAAAGAUUCUAUUACAAACUCCCCACCGCAAAGCAUAGAGGGUGAAAAAUCACCGAAAAAUGAAGAGGGUGCUAGCACCAGUGGAAGUGAAAAGAAAAUACUACCGUGGAUGCAAGAUUUGGGCACUCUACCUGAAAAGCAAAUGGAAGUUUGUGAGAUUUGUGGAGCUUUUCUAAUUGUUGGUGAUGCGCAACAACGCAUCGAAGACCAUCUCAUGGGAAAACAACAUCUAGGCUACUCCCGCUUACGCAAGGCCGUAGAAGAAAUACACGAGCGUAGGCAAAAUGAUCGUGAAGAGGAGGAGCGCAAGAGGCGCGAAGAACGUGAACAACGCAGUGUACAGCGAAACGCUUUUGGUAAUCAUAAUGAUCGCAGGCGCAGCGAGCAUCACGAUCAUCGUGACCGCGACCGCGAACGUGAGCGUGAUAAUCGCGAACGUUCACGUGAUCACAGUAGCCGACACUCGGCCGACCGACACCGUCAUCAUCAUAAAUCAUCGCAUCGCAGACGUUCACAUUCGCGCAGCAGUCAUCGACGCAGCAGCCGGGAUCGUUAUAGCCGCAGCCGGAGCCGUAGUCACAGCCGCUACUAAUUACACACCAACAACACAAGUUCGUACGUGGCGGAUUGAGGUACUCCAAAAAAAAAAAAGCAAACUAUAUAAACUUAAAAAUCUAGCCUAAUCUAAUAAAAGAAUACUCUCAAGUCGUAGAACAAGGCGGAGAGACAUUCAUGCACAUUGAAGUCGUUGCAGCGUAACUGCAACGCCGUGUCAGCGCAUGCUCUACCUAUGCGACUCCACUCUCAGCUGGCUUUAAUUGUCACAAAAUGCCACCAUUAAUUGCCGUAGGUUGCGUCAUUGUCAGAGUAUAAAAUCCGUUAAGUUGGCUGCGUCAUUUCGAGGUACAUUUGAAGCAAAAUUAAAAAAAAAAAAAUAAUAGAUUAAAAAUUAUGUUAUUGCAAGGUAGUUGGUUUUAAUUUUUGAGUUCUUUGUUUAACUUUUCAUAGCGUAAAUUCACUUACAAAGCGAUGAUAAGUGACUAUAGUCGGUCGCAUACACAUAUACACGAGCGACUGAAUGUCCGCCCGAACCCAGUUUAGUAGCGACUACAAGACCAGUCCCCUCCGAACAAACUCGAUUACAAGGUACUUUUUGGAUUUUUUUCAAACAUGUAGCAUAAAAAAAAACAUAACACUUAACUAAAUGACAAAACCAAAUCAAAAGAAGCAAAUUAAUACUCGUAUUUUUCGUACUGUAUGUUCUGGAAGUCAACAUUUGAAGAUUACCAUACCAAUAACGUUUGUAGAAUUUAAGUGACCCGCGUACGCAUUCGUUCGUACGCCAGUUCGUUACUUCGUACAAUACGCUCAAUAAACUACGCACACAUUCACCCACAUCGAGG